AUGUAUUAUCUGGAGUCUCAAAACGAAGACAUAAACCAUUUGAAGGUGGGGCCAAGAGGUGCGAACUUUGCGUUUUGGAGCUGGUUCCUCAUCGGCGUUUUUGGAUUGAACCUAUCGCAAUAUGGUCUCAUCGGCACCGAAGCGGGAAUUUUGAUGUAUAAUCAAUCUCUGGGACCCAAAGACGCACUCCAACUGAUGAUGCAUGCGGACCGGACAUGGAGUGGCCCCAGCGGCUGGCUAAAGAUACUUCGAAAAUCUAUGUUCCUCUGGAAGAAAGACGAACGGUCUAUUCAACGUACUCGAAACCACACCCCAUCUCGCCUCUGGUUUAUUCUCCUAUUUUUGAGUGCUCUACCACUUGCAGCGCUUCCAAUCUCAGGUCUAUGUAUGGAGUCUGGGGAUGGUUAUGUUAUGCGAACGUCGGGCUCAUCAACGCCGGUUGUUCUGGGCCGAAAUCAAGCGAACUUCGACUUCAGGAAGAUGGCUUCCAUUUAUGAGAGGGCCUCGAACGAUUGGAAAACAGGAGCGCCCGUACGCAUGCCUGGGAUCGGCGUGAUGUAUACAAGGUCGAGCCUGAAACGCUUGGAACAUGACUUCCUCAAAAGAUUUCCAAACACAUUUCCUCCUGAUUCAGGAGUUCCUGAGAUUUUCCUGGCCCCACAAGCACCUGUUCCAGUCUUGGGGACAACAAGCGGUCUCCUAAUUCGAUAUAAUUGCACGUCCGCCUCUAAAAUUUCUGACUUUGCGAUUCUAAAUCGUUUCCAUGAGCGUGGAAACAAUUCUAUGCCAAAAUAUGACUCCCAGAAUAAUAAAAUUACUCCGAACUUUCAUGAACGAAGAAUAGACCAGGACGUUGUUUUCCUUGCGAACUAUCGAACGCCCAAGGUUGAAAACUAUGAAGCUGUUCUAGAAUUCGGUAUGCCCGGGAUUACUCCUAGACGAUAUCACUCUGAAAAUGAAACCGUAUCACCUUGGGGAAUUGAGAAGGAUUUUAUCUCCGAAUACAUUUUGUAUCAAUAUCUUGACUAUCCGAGUCCCAUGCUGGCCAAUAGAAGUGCUGUCGAUAAGUUUGGUGAAAGCCUUUUUGGUUCGAUGAACAUGGAACUUGACGAACCUAUCCCCGAUAUUGCAGAGAAGUACCAUCUCGAAAACCACUCAGCUGGUGGAAACAAUUCUGCCAACACGAUGAAAGUUGCCGUUGGCGUAAAGUGUACUUCGGCCUCUGAUUUCGGGAUCGCGCACGUUGACGGCACCUCUAACACGUUCACAAACUUCAAACCUCACGAUGUUAUUCCUGCUCCAGACAAUACAAUACUUGGGGCCCCAGCUUUCAGCCUUGGCGCAACGGGUGCUUUAAUGUUCAAAUUGACAGAAUACGACCGUAUUCUUGGAUCUAUAGGGCCACAAAACAUACUUUCGUCCGUGGAGGGUCCAGUGUACAUCGAUAGUGGCAGUAACCGCACGUUGAUAGCUCCUAGCUAUGUCCAGUCCCGGCAACUCAGGAACUCAAUUCUCCAAGCCCAUGCAGCGUAUGCGUUGGAAUUAGCGUACGAUGGAGUCGCAAAAUAUGAUAACCUGUCGCAGUAUCUCCGUUAUUCUAAUGACUCCUCGAAGGGUCCCAAUUCCGUAUACCAUUCCCGCAGUUUCUUCAAGCACGAAAAUUUCACCACUACGACGCCGGGGAAAGUCCUUACACGUGGCCCGUUGAAAAACGUAUGGGUUCCGUUAUACUUGCUGGUCCCCUGGGCCCUAGGGUCCAUGACUCUUGCGCUCAUCUACUCGCACAGGCCGAGAUGGUCCGAAACAUUUGAUGGGUACAGCCUCUUCCGCUUCGGAGCUGAUUUUGCGGACCAGGUGAAAGAUCGGCCUGAAUUUCUGAGCACGGAGGACUACGAAACGUGUGAUGCUUUACGGGACCUCCCAGGAUUCAUUGGUGAUUCAAGACCAUUGUUCACACCAGGUCAUGUAUCGUUGGUCAAGAAUAGCAUGGCAGCGCCAGAUAAGUUAUAUAUGUGAGCUUUCGGUGUCACAAUAGCUGCGGUUUGGCAGCAGGAGACCAUUUUAUGGGAACGGACAGGGUCCAAAAUAUUUCAAGUGGUUCCCCCAAUAUGAUAUUGCUCAUAUUCGUGUACGUUUGAUGGAUAAGGAUGAACCGGUAUUCCAGCCCCACCAUUCAGUUCAAUUUUCUCUUCUAGUAGCGAGCCUCGCUCGUUUACCUUUAGUCUACAUGGUUACCUUCAAUCGAAGUGCUUCGUGAUAGAGCCAGUUCGAAGUUUUUUUUUGUCCCUUCCUAUCAGCACACAAUUGAUUGACAAGGGAGUGUCUCUGGUUCAUGGGGAUUCUUUUCACGGCGGCUAUUCGAUACACGAACAACUUGGUCUUACAC